AUGCGUAAAGUUCGCCAUGAUUCAGGCGAUGAUUCUGGAUUAGAGAAAAGCUUUACCAAAGGCCCUUGGACUUCAGCUGAAGACGAUCUUCUUAUAGCUUAUGUUGAUAAACAUGGCGAUGGCAAUUGGAACGCUGUUCAAAAGCACUCUGGCCUCUCUCGCUGUGGUAAAAGCUGCCGUCUCCGUUGGGUCAAUCACCUCAGGCCCGAUUUGAAGAAAGGCGCUUUCACCGAAAAGGAAGAGCAGCGUGUCAUCGAGCUUCAUGCUGCUAUGGGCAACAAAUGGGCACGCAUGGCUGCUCAACUACCUGGGCGAACCGAUAACGAGAUCAAGAACUUCUGGAACACGAGGCUUAAGAGGCUGCAGCGACUUGGCUUACCCAUCUACCCUGAUGAUGUUCGCGAGCAAGCCAUGAAUGCAGCUGCUCUAAGUGGUCACAACACGGAUUCAUUCGAUGCUCAUCACAGUCAAGAAUCUUUGGAGGCAGACAGCGUCGAGAUCCCUGAAGUGGAUUUCAAGUACCUACAACUCAACCAGUCUUCCUCCUACUACCAGUCAAUGCUUCGCAGUGUUCCUGCAGGCAACCUCAUGAGGCAGAGACCGUGUUUCUUUCAGCCUAAUAUGUACAACUUGAUGUCAUCUCCUUGCAUGCCUAACCGCAAACGCUUUAGGGAACCAGAACCUGCUUUUCCUUCCAUGGCUGGUUAUGACACAAACGAGCAAAGUGCUCAGCUCUGGAACUAUCCUUUCGUCGAUACUACUACUUCAGAGCAGUUCAACGGUCUACCAGAUAGCCAUUUGCUUGGCGAUGCUACUUAUUCUUCUCCUUCCGGGCCUCUCAUUCACGCGGAGGCUGAGAAGUUGGAGCUCCCUUCAUUCCAAUGUUUUGACCCUCAAGAAGAGCCUGGCGAUUGGGGAACACAACACUCUAACCCAAUGCCGGCGCUUGAGUCAAACAAUAAUUUAGUUGAUUCCCCUCUGACAGAGCAGACACCAUCGGAUUGCCCAUCAUCCUUUUGUGAUGGAUUGUUGGAAUCAGUUGUCUAUGGAUCAUCAGGGGAAAAACGGGCUACAGAUACGGAUUCGGAUUCCCUGCUGCUACAUUGUUCUUUACUUGGCCACCAUACCGAGCUUACAGCAGCCACUGCGAACACAACAGGACACAAGUCCAAUUUUGAAACAGAUAUGAAUCAUUUUGGUGCAAAUGAGAAACGGACAUUCUUUGAAGGAGAUUGGAUAAGACAACUCCUCGGUGAGGAUAGGGACGACACCAAGUAG